AUGAUCGAUGCGAGAACUUCGAAAGAUGUGGCAGGCAUUCCACGGGGAGUUGGAACUCAGCCAAGAUUUCUGCAUGCAUCUGCCAUCAAGUUGCACAAAUUGCAGUUUGGAAUUGAUAAAAGGUUGACAAUCAUUGACGAGAAGUCUAACGCUGUGCUCAAAUACAGAACGCCUCAUUUCAGAGCCCUGGCAACUGUGGAAAUUCCACCGCUUCCGGCAGGAGUGAACAUUCAAGUGGGAUGGAUCCAGGUGUGCACGGAUAUGCAGUUCAUCAACACGUACGGAAAUGAGGGAUUGACCAGCUGGGAAUUCCCAGAAAUAGUCAGCGGGAAGUACAAGAUGGUGAGCGAUGCAGAUGGCAAGCAGUACCCCUGGUAUGGUUCGAAGAACGAGGUCGCCCACCUCCAAGGACCCACGCAGAACCCCACCACGGCCACCAUUCACAUGAAUGACAAUUUCUUUCCCCAGGUUACUUGGUACAUUCCUAGCAUUGGCUACACCAGAGAUCCGAGCUUGAGUUUUGUCUAUCGUAAGCAGCGCUUCUACACCUUCCUGGCUCUGAAAGACGUCAACACGGACACCUACCAGAUCAUCAGGACACUGACAUGGUCCAUGGAGCUCGCCAUCGACGUCAAUCCGAAAAACCCGCUAGGGAAGAGAGCGAAACUGUUGGGACCCUUCGAGCAGGAAAGCCCCAAAGUAGUUCCAGAGCAUCUGACGCCUCCGUUGAAAUCUUAUGCCUUGAACCCGCCCAAUGCUAACAGCUGUCAGGUGCUCGUCUGGAGGCCAAAGUACGGCGACACGGAGCUUGUGGUGCCACCAGUGCAGACGACCAUGGAGAUGAGCAGGUACCUCGUCAGCACUAGGGAUGCCACCGCCAAACUUCUUCGCAUCACCAAGAGCAAUUUUCUCCUAAAGGCCCAGCAGCAACAGAAAUAA